AUGUAGCAGCAAGUCAAAGAUGUCUUUUUAAAUGAUGAUUAGAUUACUAAAAACAUCAUGGAUGUCAUUAACUAGCACCUCUCACCCCGGUCUGGCUAGGUCCGCAAAAAGAAAAAUUCCUAGCCAAAACUUGAAAGCACGAAGCAAAAGCAACCACUAAAUAACUAGCAGAGUUAACAGUUAAAUCACAGAGGAUCUUUGAGUUAAUACUCAUAGCAGACUAUGAACAUUCAAAUACCUUCAACUAAUUAAAACUUAAACAUACCCCACAAUAUGCUCACUCAUUCCACACACCCUCAAACAAGUCAAAAUUAGCAAGUCUAUAAUACUGGGAUUGGAUUGAAUGGAGGUAACAUUAAUAACAUUUUCAACUUUGAUUUGAAACAAUAUCAAUAGCCUAUGUCCCCUCAAAUUAACUCAUUCAUUAGUAGCAAUACUAUUAUCUAAGGAAGUUUCAUGCAAAGUAGCAAUGUUUAACCAGGAUGCCGAAUUCUCGGUAAUGCAUUAACUAAUGUCUUGAACUCAAACUCAAAUACCCCUGGGAUAGGAGGAACCAUAGACUACUCUAAUACUGAUGCCAAGUAGAAAAAGUAAAAUUUGCACAGAAGAACACAAAGUAAAAGUUAGUAUGCACCUACAACAGUCUAACUUACGCUUAAGCAAGAAACCUUUGAAAAGAAGAGCUUGGACAAAAUUAAAAAAUCUUAACCGUCCUCUAACUUUGGAGGGAAUCAAGGAGAAUCAACUGAAGACUAAGUUUCAAAUAUGCAAUCAAAUUAAAAUUUCCCCUAAUAAUUAAAAGGAAAAAAAUUAUCAAAUAAUUUCAACCUUGUAGCUACAAAUAACCAAUUUCUUUUACAGUUUUCACCUGAUCCAAAAAAGACGCUAAAUAAGGAAUAGUCUCACACUCAAUCAGAUUUAAUAUCAGAUAAUGCUAAGGCGAAUCUUAAAAUCAAUUAAAACAAAAGACUAACAGAAAUUCAUUAGACUGCUAAUAAGAUUCAAAAUAAUCUUAUAAAUAAUUUCUAUCAUGAGUCCUAGCUUUAAUAGUAAUUAAAUAAAAAAGUACAGUUUUCAAGAAAUCGUCUAAAUGACGAGGAAGCGGAAGAAUUGACUUCAUUAAUGGGAGAUUUGCAAAUAGUAGAGGUUGACUAAAAGAAAUUAAAGUUGUUGUAAAAGUUUAAAAAUGAUGAUAGUGAGCAGGAUGAUGAUGAGGAGGAACUUAAAGAAGAGGUUGGGGAUUUACCACCUAAAAUAGAAGAUUUGCAAGUAGAGGAGUAUGAUGACAAUGAAGAUAUUUACCAAUUUGGAAGAGGAUAUAAGCAGUAUGAUGAUGAAGAAGAUGAUGAAAAUAAUGAUGCGCCUACAGUUGUAUAUGAUGAUAACUCGAUUGAUAUAAAAGAAUUCUCUGAUGAGGAUGUUCCUAAAAAUACUGAGCAAAAAUAAUCCUUCAAUCAAAAUAUAGAGUUCGCUUUGAAAUCAAUUAAACUUUAAGAAGACGAGGAAGAUUCUAAGGCAAAAAAGAAAAAAGUCACUAUACUGAGUGUAGAAGAAGAAGAGGACUUAGUUGCAUAAAUAAAUGACAUAAGGGAUAAAAUUAAAAGAGGUGAGACAAUAGGCCAAUAAAAGGAGAAAUUUCUUCAUCAAUAAUCCUAGGAUUAAAGGUAGUAUCAAACAAAUUAAUCAGAAGGCUAACUAAAGACAGUGAAGGAUAAAGAAAAAGAUCUAUAAGCGCAUUUUAGAUCUGUUGAUUAGGCUAAUGGAAUGAGCAGACAAUAAAAUGCUUAUUUAGAUAAACCUCCACAAGUUAUGAAACCUCCAUUAUACUCCUUAACAUUCGCUCAUCCUCAUGAUCCAGAAAAAGAACAAGCUCAUAAUCCUUUAGCAGGAAUCUCUUAAAAGUAGGCUUUUCAUUCAAUCGAUUAGAAUGCCCCUACUAAUUGCAUUAUCAUGGACGGUCCAAAUAUAUUUGAGAAAAAGAAGUAAAGAUUUGAGAAGAUAUAGAAAAUGAGAGGAAAUUUGAAUCACUAAGGAAUAGCAAAUGAAGUUGAUACACCUAAUUUUAACAAUUAAAAAAGAAGUAGGGAUGAUAUAACUCCAAAUGGUGGAAUCAGCUCAAGUAUUUCAGCUAAUAUUCCUUCAAGCUAAAAGAAAUCAAUUGAUAGUACAUCAUAAAAAGGAUCUAUAAUGACAUAAAAAGCUAACUAAGUCCAGAAUACCCUUUAAAAGCCAAGAAAAUGCAAGACUAACAAGUCUACUGUAACUAAAAUAUAAAAUACUUUGAAGCCGCUGAAUUAAAGCUAAGGAAAAUCAAGAUAAAUUUCAAACAUUCAUCAGGUAAAUCCAAGUAAAAUGUAGCCACUAGCGAUGAUGAUGUUGAACUAAGGUCAAUUACAAUCGAUGGAUGAUGCAGUAUCAAACAGUUCUAAGAAAAGAAACGGAUCCAAGAGUAAGGAUAUUGAGACGAAUAACAUAAUAUUGUACAGCUUAAAAAAGGGAAAUUAAUUUACUACUACUAAUGCUAAUAGAUAAGCAACCUAGAGUAAUAUAAAGAAGAAGCUAUUGCACAAAUCUAAAAAGCAUCUUUCUACAGCAAUUUAACCAUAUAUAGAUAGUGGUUCUUAAUCUAGAUAGCCAAAUAACUUGCUCAUUAAUGUCACCUAAGAAUAGCAAUUAAUACAUUCCUCUAGUUUUAAAAAGAUGAAAACCCCCAAACUAAAAUUAGCAGAUGAUCUAUUGUAAGGAGGGUCUGAUCUUAGCAUCAAUCAAAAGCGUUUAAGUGAGUUUUAAUUAAAACUUAUGGGAACUGGUGGAGGUUAGACAACCAAAAAUACAUCAAGUACUUUAAAAAAUCCAUUUUUUUCUGAGUUAAAAUUUAAUCAGAAGUAUGAUGAUAAUUCUACCUUAGAACUUGUGAAUGUCAAAUCUCUUGGAUCAAUGUCUAAUGAUAAAAGAGCAACAAGUAACUCUUUCCAUAAAGUACAAAAGAGCAUGAAUCAAGUUAAUUUGACUAAGGAAAUAAAGUCAGAGAAGGACAUUCAUGAAAAACAAGUAGUCUAAUAAAUAGAUCCCACUUUUAUGAUUAAAUUAAUUAAAAGUAAGUAAGAGUCAGAUCAUGCCUUUGAUGUUCUGAAGAAAAAGCUCUCUGGCGGUAGUUUACUAAGUAACGCUCUUAAUAACUUUAAUAAAGUAGAAUCAAUUUCUAGCAAGAAUAGCCUAAUAGCUGGCAAUGACAGACUUAGCUUCAUGGAAUUUGAGAAGAAAUAUAAAAAACUCUCAAAUUUAAUCAGUAAAAUGCUAAACUGA